AUGACCACGUCCAAAGAUUCAGAGUUGGCCACAGAUGUCGCUGCCACGGACCUCGGCUACGACGAUCGAGAAGUCUUUACCGAUGACAAGAACCAUUCAAUCCAAUAUCGUACUCUAUCCUGGCCAGCGGCUGCUGUGAUCAUGAUUACCGAAAUCGUUACUGGCGGCACUCUGACCCUGCCUCAAGCCAUCGCCGUCGUUGGCCUUGUCCCUGGCACUAUAAUCAUUAUCUUUUGUGGCAUUUGGGCUUUGUUCACUUCCUUCCUGCUCAUCGACUUCAAACUCAACCAUCCAGAAGUGCACAAUAUGGGUGAUGCUGGAUUUAUCUUGUUCUCGCCAUUUGGACUGGGAGCUGUGGGAAGAGAAGUGUUGAGUGCAGGUACUAUCCUUUUUGCUAUCACUGGAGUGGGUAGUAUGUGUUUGCUUGGGCAGCUUGCUUUGCAAACCUUGAGUCAAGGUGGAAUGUGUGCGAUGUCUUAUCUUGGUAUCUGGACAUGCAUCACCUUCCUAUUUUCCGUGCCGAGAACUUUUGGUGGUGGUUUGCAAGGCUUUUCCGUUGCUGCUUGCAUCUCUGUCUUGGUCGCAACGUUGAUAGCUAUGAUAGGUAGUGGUGUGGAACCGACACCUAACCGUGUGGUUGUUGCUACGGCUCCCAACUCGUUUUAUACAGCAUUCUUGGCCAUCACCAACCCAGUGCUUGCAUAUGCUGGACAUUUCCUGUUCUUCACCAUCAUAUCCGAAAUGAAGGUCCCUAGAGACUCCAAAAAAGCAGCGUGGGCACUUCAAGUUUUCAGCACGGCAUGGUAUACUAUCUUCGCGGUUGUAAGCUACUGUUAUCUGGGCUCGACAGUGCAAAGCCCCUCAUUUUUAAGCCUGUCAGAGACUUGGGCCAAAGCAGCUUGGGGAUUGUUCCUACCCAACAUAUUGGUUGCUGGAGCUUUGUACAACCACUUUGCUGCCAAGAUUGUGUUUGUGAGAAUAUUCCGAGGAAGCAGGCAUUUGAUCGAAAACACAGUACUGGGAUGGUGUGUCUGGAUAUUGCUGCUCGCGAUUGUGAGUGCUUGUGGAUUCGUGUUGGCAACUGGUGUUCCGUUCUUUUCCUACCUGGGCGGUAUUGUGGCAUCUGCCUUUGCAUCGUGGUAUACGUAUGGCCUUGCUGGAGCUUUCUGGUGGCACGAUACACAUUAUCUCGGAGAUGGCUGGAGGUCUGUGAGGAAGAAAUGGCCCAUGUUCUUGCUAUGCUUUGGUACAUUGGUGUUUGGUGGCUUCAUUUGUGUUGGAGGACUUUACGCGAUCAUCAAGUCGUUGAUCGAAGCCUAUGCUUCUGGUGCUGUCGGACAUCCCUUUACCUGCUGA